AAGAUCACAUUCACUCAGUCAGUCUGCGAGCGAUCGCGGUAUGGCGUGGUAGUGUGUCGUGGAAUGUAAAGUCCUCGCCGUGCAUUCAAUCGUCGAAAGUAUUUGAAACUUUUAUGAAAUUCAGUGAUGUGUUUUUGUGUUAACAUGACAAAGUUUUGUGUUUAUGUAUCGUGAUAUAACACCAACUGUGCUGUUCGUUUGUGUUAACAAAGUUUUGAGGUUGUGCAAACAAGCCACGAGUGGAUUUACUACUUUACCGGCAUAUUGUUUUACAAUAUUAUAGGUGAGUACUGAGUAGCCGUUAAGAUGUAUAACUACUGAAUUACGUCUAACGUCCAGAUUAAAAUCGCAGCCAGAUCUACAACUAUAAAAGGGGCCAAUCAGGCGAUAGGAUGCGGCCAACCCUUCCUCUUCUGUGCGUUUGCUUCUACGCUCUCCUGUCAAGUGGAACAUCGAGUGGAGACGACAGACGAUGGCUCGUCUCCCUCGUGGACUUAGUGGAGUUGGACUAUCAAGACCACUGCGAUCAGAGAGCCAAGGCAACUUGGGAAGAACUGCUAGGUAGCAGUAAAGGUCUAUCACUCAAGUUGGAGCGCGAUAAAGCUUUCGGGAUAUUCGCGCGCAAGCAGAAGACAGAAGUAAAUGCAGCAUAUACUGCGCAUUCGCUAAGUGCUGAUGAUGAUGUGUUGCGGCGAAGAGUGAAGCUACUCAUACAACCAGGAGAUACUCUGCUUGAUACUCAACAGUGGAUACGGCUGGUAACCUUUGGUGAUACGGCUUUGAAUCGGCUGCAAUUCGCCACUGACUAUGAUUGCGGAUACAAUACUACUUGCACCUUGAGAGAAUUACAAAACAAUAUAGCAAGACAACCAGACGAGGAGAUUCUGCGUCGAAUGAAGCUAUCGUGGGAGAAUCAUCUACCAGACCUCCAGGAUUACCUCGACAACAUCCUGCCGCUACUAAGAAAUGCUUCUAAAGAAAAUCAUUACGACCUGGUGGAAGAGUAUUGGGACUCGCUGGUAGAGUAUGAAGGGGCUACGUUGGCCGCUCGCGACAUCUGGCAGCACGUUCAACCCCUGUACCAAAAACUGCAUAAGUACGUUACUCUGAGGUUGCGAGGUGCGGAGGAAGUUGGGAAACCACUGCCUGUGCAUUUAUUCAGAUCUCUCACGGGGGAUGACUGGUCUAAUCUAAUCGAGAGUUUACUACCUAAAUAUCCAGAUAUAUAUCAAAAGGUCCACGCCAAUAUUCAACUCAAGGAUAUAGGAGGCUUAAAUGCAUACAGAGAAGCAAACAGUUUACUCAGGCAGUUAAAUCUAGGUGAAGUCCCCAACGAUAUCCUAACAGAAUCAGCCUUCAACGGCACUUGCCCUCCAACUAUAGUAGACUGGUGCCAACCCAAUAAACUGAGAUUCAUAUCGUGCAAAGAUGUCAGCAUUCAGAAUUACAUGGACGCACACGAGACAGCCACCAAGAUUAGAUUCAAAAUAACAACGGCUUUACACAGCAAUAACACUUAUAUUUUGAGAGAAGCUCCACGAUAUUCAGCUAUUUAUGAAGCGGUGCCAGGUUUUGUAUCGCUUCUAUCGCUGGAUCCUCAUACGCUUGAUCGGGCAGGACUAUAUCCUCUGGAAAGAUUUAAUUAUAAUAGUAACCAUCACCGUCUGGUCUUACAGCUUAUCAUUGCAUUGAGAGAUUUGCCCAAAUUAAACUAUUAUUUGGCAGUAGAUGAAUGGAGACUAAAAGUCCUGAUGGGUCAAAUUCCUUUGUCAAAAGUAGAAGACAGUUGGAGUGAGUUCAGGAGAAACUUUUCUCAAAUAGAACCCUCAAGCUCAGACAUUCUUGGAGAUCCAUAUGUUUUGUUUAACAAGCCAUAUAUCGGGAAAUUCUUAGGUCUUAUAUUGAAGUACCAAAUCUAUCAAUCAUUUGCUGAAGAGCUCAUAUCGGAUGAUUUGGAUUUGAUCACACACGUUUUCCAAAAUAAUCAACGUCUAAUUGAUGUCAUGAUGCAGGGUUUUAGCGUCUCAUGGCCUGAAAUGAUCAGUGAUCUAUUAGUGAAACGCGAAAAUGGACUAGAAUACAAUGCACUCACGGAUUACUUUAGACUGUUAGACGAAUAUUUGGAUAACCAAUUAGAUCCAGCAAGCGAUCACGCUGUCGAGGAUUACAACGAACCUCCUCCUGAAGUUGAUUUACAAGAAAAUGAAAUUCCCGAGGAAACCAGCCUACCAAAAUCCGAAGAUGGAAAUGAAAAGAAAGAUGUUUCUCCUUUGAAAACUCACGAUGAUAUCCUUGAUAACAUUAUAGAGACCGAUGAAGAUUCCAACUCUAAAUAUGAAACGUCAACUGUGGGUGUCUUAGAAAUAAAGAAUCCGGUGGCAGCCGGGGACCAAAGUGAUGCUCAAAAUCCCAAAGAAGCUUCAUACAAUGUUUACUGGUGGAUUGGAGUUGCCGUUGCGCUCGCAGUCGUCGUAAUAUUAGUAGCAAUAAUUGCUAGGAAGCGACAAAGUCACAGAAAACAACUAGAAAAACAAAGAAGAAGACAGACCGCCUGAUUUGAAGAAUAUCGGUUCUAAAGUUGGAGCCGAUACAAUUUGUUCAGGACACUAGUGAAUUUGUGCCAAUACGAUUUAUGAGGAGUGUAGAGUACAAACGUGUUGAUGGUUAAAUGUUUUAUGUUAUGAUUUUAAUGUGCUUAAGUUGGUUUAGAUUAAUUGGUGUAAAAGUGGAUUAUUUAUUCUUACUCUAUGGUGCUGUAUCUUUUAUAGAUUCCGUUUCAACUGUUGCAUUUAUGUUUGUCUUUAGUUCUAUUCUAUGUGUGUUUGUGCGUUUGUUUCUCUUGCAACUGUAAAAAUAUUCUUAGAUAGUGAAGAUGAAAAAAAUAUUUUUGUACAUAUCACAAUUUGAAAAAAUAUAGUAAGUUUAAUGAUGGUUACCAAUUGUGUACGAUAGGUGUAAAUUCUAGUUAGAUGUAAUUUCGCCGUGCCUUAAGCGUUUCAAUUUCGUAUAAGUAAAGAAAUAUUAUAUUAAAGGAAACGAUCAAAUUUGUAAUUAAAUAAGGUAAUUUUAUAAAUCUCUAUUUACUCUGCUCUCAAAGACCAAACCAUUAUCUUUUUAUGUGAUCUUUAUUUAUUUACUUACUAACAUUUUUAUUGUAUUAACUAGAUUAUUUAUUUUAAAGAAUUAGAACAACCCAGGUAUUUGAUAAUAUUGUUUUUCUUAUUAGUAGUGUCCACACUGAGUAGGACAGCUCCGCAAGGCUUUGGCAAAGCAAGGCCGAAUCACAUUCACAUCACACUCAUCACAGCCUCGCUCGGUCGUACAAAGCAAUGCUUCGCCAGGCUGCCGCGCUCAGUGUGGACUCCUCCCUUACUAUUGAUGCAUUUUAAUUAUUAAAUUUGUUAGAUUACUAACUCUCGUUAGUAAGCAUGGAAUAAUUGAAUUUGUCUCAGAAUUUGAUAAAAGGAGUAAAAAAUAAAUGUUUUAAAGAAAUC